AUGGUUUUCAAAAAGGAGGACAAGUUCCCCGACUUCGAAAACCCCAGAGCAUUCGACAAGCAACAAGACUGCCUCUCGUGCAGGGUUCUCGGAUCAACCGCGUUCGUGGGCCUGGGCGGCUACACUUACUUUUCGGGCAUGCAGCAGCUUCGCGCACGGCAAAAGGCCAUCGAACUCAGCAGGUCAAAGUACAAAUACGGCUCACGACAACUGGGCAUCCUGUCGUUGUCUGCCACAUUGGUGGGCUUGGGGAUCUAUCGCAUGUUUAUCUAG